AGUUUGGCUAGUACCUCAAAGCGGUCCAUGCUAGAGUUCAAAUGUAGACCACAAAUCGACGAAGGCCCAGUGCAUCCGGCGCAGAAUGAGGACGGACUCUCCAGGAGCGGCCGGCCAUCAUUGCACAAGUCCAGCGUCGCGAUUGACGCUAUCUCCGUCAGAUACCGUACCAUAAUACCCGCCAAUACGGCAUGCCGAGAUGUUCAGGAUACAUACCGUACAUCUCGGUCGUUUCCGCAUCAACCGCAGAUGAAUCAUAACCUUGUACCAGACGAUAAGGCGGCGUCAAGGCGGGCGGAGGAUCGUAGCUGCCCUCGUCGGCGUCUUGCUAUCCUGCGAUACCGCCGAAUCGGGGGAGCAACUGCCAGUAUUAGCCUGCCAUGAGGUCAUGAGGCCGCACUAACCGAGACGAUCAUGUCGAACUGUGUCGGACGGUUGUAUUGGUGGAUUUGGGCGGCGAUAUCGAAGGACGCGGGGACGUGCGGUCGGCCUUUUUCUGCAUCGUUUGAGGCAGGUUAGCUCCUCCGGAUCGCGCCCCAUGUCGCGUGCCGAUCGUAGAGCAAUGUCGAGAAUGCGUUGGGUACCCGCCUACAAGCCAAUAUGGACUAUCCGCUCGGUUUACGAUCGCCCAGGCACGCAGGUUUCAGACAGUCUCGAAUCGUUUGGCGUUCUGUAUGACGUUCACAACGUAUAGGAGACGUCCAGCUUCGACCGUCGGCGUUGCAAGCGAGCGGAACC